CCGUUAGUUUGUUGCACGAAUGAUAUGGCACAACUUUUGCGUUGUAUAAUUAUUUUGUAUUCGAAUUUUGACAUGCUAAACCACUCUGAAUUUGUUGCUUAGCAAUGACAAGCUCUUUUCUUUAACAGAGGAUUUAUUAAUAAGGAAAUAAGCUCUUCAGUCAAGUGAGAAAUGACACAGAGCCUGCUUUAUGCUUUGGAAAAGAAAAACCCAUUGGUUUAUAUUCGUAGGCAGACCAUAGAAUUAUUAAAUUUGUUGCUUUCAUUCACAAAAUUUGCAAAUCUCAUUCUGCAACUCAAAAUUUCAUUUGUAAUUCUCAAUAGCUAAAUUUUUUUCUUUUUUUUUUAAGUUGGGGAGAAUUUACUUAGUUUGCCCUAAUUUUUUUUUUUUUUUUACAAUGAACCCAAAUAAAUAUUGCCCUUAUCUUCAAAAGAAAAUGGGGCGCAUUAGCUUAAUAUAAACCUUCUUUGACCUGGCCCGAUUUAGGAGUAUUUCUUAGGUUGGGUUGGUCCUUUCAAGGUUUACCUUGACUUUUGCUUUCCAUUGUAUUACUUUUAAAUGUUCUUUGUUUGCCAAACAAGUUUAGAAAAAUAGUUCCUGCAAGUAAAAGUGAAGCGAAUACAAAGCUUGAGGGCAAAACAGAUUAAAUUUUCGUGUUCUUGGUAAGAAAAAACAGAAGUUAUUUUGUUUCUUUAUAUACAAGAUUCAGCAAGUGAUCAUAAUUCAAGAAAUGGAUUCUUCAAUCUUUCUUUACGCUCUUCUUCUCUCAACCAUUUUUCUGACCAUAGAGGGUUUUCAAGAAACUCACUGCCAUGCUAUAAAAUGCAGUACUGAUAAUUCUGCUCCUGAAAUUCGUUUCCCUUUUCAAGAAUCAACCCGACAGAACCCCUGCGGUUUCCCCGGUUUUGAACUUUCUUGCAAAGAAAACAAAACUGUGAUUGACUUUCCGAAUUACGGAGAAUUGGGUGUUAAAUCCAUUGAUUAUGAAAUCAAGAAACUCGAUCUUGUUGAUUUCAAGAAUUGUGUUCAUGAAGUGUUUCUUAAUCUUGACCUAUCUCUUACUCAAUUUCAGUAUUACUAUAUUGUCAAGAAUUACACUUAUCUGAACUGCUCUGCUCCGAUGAUUUCGUCUUCUUUUGCGGAGAUUCCGUGCUUAAGUGGUUCGGGUUUUCAUGUUUACACUGUUGAUCCAUCUUCCGUUGUUCCUGAUUCUUGUGUUACGGUUAAAACUGUUGCUAUUCCAUUCUCUUUUAGUCCUUAUCUUGCUGAUAACAGUUUUGGCCUUGGAUUAACUUGGAGUUUGCCUGAAUAUCAAGAAACUCAAAUUCAAGAUUUUUCAAUCAAGAACGUGAUCAACGGUGACAAAUUCUUGAAGAUUGUGUUAUGCAUUUUGGCAGUGACAUUGCUGGUAAGCAUAAAGAAAAAUCAGUCAAAGAAAGUGAAUAUUGAGUUCCAAAAUAGGAAUCUAAAGGAGGGUUUGGUCUGCUGCAAAACCCAAGACAACAGCCAAUCAUCAAUGGAGGAGGGAAGAAUCUGAUAUGUUCAUCUUAAGCACAUGAAAUUGUAGAUGAAAUAGCUAGGCCCUAAAGUAGAUUUUUUUUUUUUUGAAACAAUCAAUCUUAUGAUAGCGUUUUAUGUAACAGUUUUUGUUUUUUUAAUUAAAUUUGUUGAACUAAAGAAUAAAAAUUAGCUGCAGAUUUUGGUGAUUUUUUAUCACCCAUUUCAA